CACAGUUAUGGACUCUGGUGAACUGCGGUAUAUAUACUUCAACUAAUACAAAAUGGUUGACGUGCCUUGAUUGUAUGUAUGAUACAGAUUGGUAGAUACAAUAUUUCCAUUUCCCAUGUAGGAGCUACAUAUAGUAGAUCUCGUGUAACAUUAAUGGAUUAAUAAAAAUAAUUGCGUUAAGGGAAAGAUAAGUAUUCAUCCAGAGAAGGAAGAUGGAGAAACGGCAGGAAAUUCUAGCUCCGUUUUCUUCUGAUGAGUGUCCAAACAGUGGUGAAGACAGCGAAGAGGAUGUAAUAACCGACUACCUAGGCUCGUCUGACUGUGACCGUAUACCUCUCAUUAAUGGAGAUCUUGGUCUGAACCUACGAGGGAACAUAAGCACCUAUACCAAAGACAAUACAGAGAAGGUAAUCGCAAUGUCUGAAGGAACCGAGGAACAUCAGCAGGCACUAAGCGCUAAUAGUCAAAUUCAGCCUAACCCUUUGGUGCCAAUCAUCAGUGUUACGCCCCAUUCACCUGGUCUGGCUAAGAACUAUCCCGUUCUGGAGGAUAAUUUGCAGCACCUGCACGAGAUCCAUGAUUGCAUUCAGAGAAUGAGGGAUCUUACGCUAAGUAAUUGGAGCUACAAUCACCGUACAUCCCAUAAUGAAGUACCUCAAAGAUUAACAUCAUCCUGUCCGUCUCUGUGUCCCUUAAUCCUACCAGAAAUCGCGCCACGAUCAAGUAACAAUGAUACAGGCUCUGAUCCAGACCUCCUUGCUAAUUGUUCUACCAAUAGUUCUCCUACUCAUUUUCCCUCUGUGGCUCCACGUUCACAGAAUGCUCAAGGUAUUGAUAGGAGACGCAGCUGGACUGAUUUGGAAGAUACAAGGUGCGGGAGGCGUAGAUAUUCUGGGCAGAAUCACCUACAAGCUCAAAACAUGAGACAGCGCAGUAUUAGUCUAAGUAGUUUAGACAGUGAGAUGGAGAUAGAGUUGCAGGGAAAAUCUUGCGCUAGACCUGUCGGAGUUGGCAGCAGGGCGUGCAGAUCGCAAGCGAGCACUCAUUCCCUUAACGAAGCUGAUCUCGUACAGAGUGAAUACCAGAAAAUAGUGACAAAAAGAUUCAAAGGUAGCCAGAGACUAGCAGAGAGUAGUGGAUUAAUGCCUGGCAUCACAGGCUCUCGUUUACCCCUUCAAAAAUCUAUCUCGACGCCUUCAAUUGUUACUCCACAAGUAAACGCUCAUUUGGCAGAGUCUGUGACUAGGACUACGCCAUCGCUCACAGCACGACGCGAAAGAAAUGAAAAAGGUAGCGGAAGUGAGACUGAAACGGAGGAUCUCCAUACACCUCACAGCCACGAGUUCCACGAGGAUAGAGAAGGCACGCCAAAUGCACAGAUAUCUCUCGAUGAACUGCUAACCGAUGGAGCCGUAUACGAUGAUCAUCAUUCAGAGAAAACUAGAAGAAAAAGGGGUUCUAUUUUCUUUCGUAAGAAAAAGGACAAGAGUGGUAAAAAAACUAGUCAGCAACAGCAUUUAUGGACGACAAUAAUGGUAGGAUCUCAGGGAGGUUUAUUAUGCGAUGUUUGUAUGAAACAGUCGACAAAUAAACCACUUUUACAUUGCGACAACUGUGGAGUCUCCGUGCACCAAAGCCAAGGGUGUAAAGAUCAACUCGUACUAGAGUGCAUAAAAUCGAAGCACCAUUCUAGCAAAGCUGCCAUCAAAUCGACAUCAAGUAUAUCUUCAACCUCGAGUAGCUAUAACGUCAAAAGAGGAUCAACAGCAUCAUUGCCUCUACCGACAUCAGGAAGUGGAAGUCAAACAAUAAAUGAAGAGAAAGAUGGAGAUGGUCAACAUCGAGACAUAUCCAGUGGAUUGGAUGGAUAUGACUUGGGAGAAGAUUACCAGUUCACCGUAGGUGACCUAGAGGGUUUGGAUCCCGAAUUGGGCCUAGGAAAAGAAGAACCAGACUCCUGGAGUGCCGCUAUUGGCCAUAGUGUCGCGCUACGAUUAGUUGACAAUUGCGAGAGAAAAGUAAAAAGGCAGGAGCACAUUUACGAAUUUGUCCUCACAGAGAAACAUCAUUGUCUAGUGCUUCUAGCUAUGGAAAGAAUAUUCGUGGAGGGUCUGCGACGUCACUUUCGCCUGGGCCAGCCGGAUCUCGAGCGCAUGUUCCCUAGACUACGCGAUCUCAUUGAUAUUCUAAGAUUUCUCCAGAAGCUGCGCAAGCGACAAAACACAAACUCCGUUGUUUCUACCGUUGCUGAUAUACUGGUUGAUCAGUUCUCUGGGGAAAACGCGCAGCGCAUGAAGAGCGCCUAUGGGGAAUUCUGCAGUCGUCACAGAGACGCUGUCGAGGCUUACAAGUAUUACCUGCGGCACGAUCCCAGAUUUGCACGGUUCGUGCGCCAGUGCCAGUCUCACCCUUUACUGAAGAAAAAGGGAAUACCAGAAUGCAUUCUAUUUGUCACCCAGCGUUUAACUAAAUAUCCUCUAUUAGUGGAGCCAUUAAUAAAAACGGGAAUUCUUCAAGACGAAGGGGAAGAUUUACGUAAAGCUUUGAUUCUUGUUAAGGAAAUUUUGGCAGACGUUGAUGCUUGCGUGGCUGAUAAAGAAAGAGAAGAUAGAAAAUUAGAAAUCUAUAAUAAGAUCGAUGCAAAAUCUUUUGCAACAUAUCGCGGUGCCAAAUUCAAGAAAUCAGACAUAAUGGCGUUCAAUAGAAUCUUAAAAUUCGAGGGAACUGCGUAUCUGAUGCAAGGCCGUGGAAAAAUGACUGCCAUCGUAGUGGUUGUUCUUUCUGAUAUAUUUUUCUUGGCCGAGAGAGAUCAGAAGUACGCGUUCUUUGUGCCUGACAAUAAGGCUGGUAUAGUGUCGCUUCAGAAGUUAUUGGUACGUGAAAAAGCGGGCCAGGAAUCGAGAGGGAUUUAUUUGAUAAGUAGCAAUCCAGCCGAACCGGAAAUGUUUGAGUUGAAGAUUCAGAAACCCAAAGAUAAACAGCUGUGGAUACAAGCGAUUAGAUCUGCUGUCGAAGCGUGUCCUCAAGAAUCUGAAAAUGAAAGUGAUACGUUGACGGAAAAUAACAGUAAUAACGAGUUAAGGGAUACACGAUCGUCUUCUUUAUCGUUACUUUCUGUUGAAGAAAGGCAACGUUUAGUUAAGACUAAGGAGUCUCAUGUUCUGAAGAUUGUUGGUGAAUUGCGUAAAAAGGAUGCAGAACAAAGCAUUUUACUCGAAGAAAAAAUCAAUUUACAAAUGCAAUUAUUACACGUCGCAAACAUUUGGAGCGGAAAUGAAAGUAGCGACAAUGAAAGAUUAGAAAAGGUUGAUAAAGGGAUUCCGGAUUACACUAGAUUAGUUCACAAUGAAGGAACUGAUACUACACAGUUACGACAAGAGGUGGUUGGCGCAGUUCAAGAAGCGACAAAGCUCGCCAGCUCUUUAUCCUUUAGCGCGGGUGGUGCUACUCUAUCCAGAAGUCUAAGUUCCGCAGGCGAACGUCACAGCGAGGCCUACGUUCCUCCUGCACUCUGUGUUCCUCGUCGAGCUGAGACCUUCGCGGGUUUCGAUCACAAUAAAGAAAAAUAUCCAUUGAGAGAUUCAGUCGCUAUCCACUCCCUAGUAUCUCUCCCAAAAGUAGAAUUUAUGAAAGAAAAUUUAGAUGAUAAAGAUAACCAAGACAAGGAUCAACAAUGGGCGGCAAUUCGUUUGUCUCAUCACGUUUAUACGUUGGCUUGUAUAAUAAGUAACCAGAUGACGACGAUCGACAGCUUGCAGGCUCAGUUAGCCGCCUGCAAAGAAGGAAGUAUGGGAAAGUCGAACAAUAGACCCAAUCCGAAUCGCCAAUUAGAAGAACUGCGUAACUUACAAGACCAGUUGAGUAGAGAGAAGGCGGCAUUCAGAGCCACGUCUCAGCAAGAGAAGAAACAGUUGGAGGAAGAGCGAGCAGAAUUGGCGAGGCAAAGAGAACAACUUGCGGCUGAACAGAGAGAUGUAACUCAGCAAAGAGAUCAAUUAUAUAGAAGACUGGAAGCAUUGGAGCGACAGGGAGUUACAUUGGUUACAGGAACUGCGCCUAGUGCCACUGCUUCCCAUUUAGCUCAUAUGACACAGGGAAAUGACGUGGUACAGUCGCGAAAAUCACAGCCAGAGGCUAAACGGAUACCCUUGAAUCUAAUUAGCGCUACUAACCAGCAAAAGGUGCAGAGUAAUUUGCCGGUAAAGCAACAGCUGCCUUUAAAAACUUGCCAGUGGAAGUAACAUAAUACCAGGAGUGGAAGUACAAGCAACAACAGCCCAGACCGCCACUCCCGUACCGGAAGUAGUCCCGCAAUAGUAACUGGCUCCACGUAUUCUUCCCCAGAACUAGGCAAUAAUCACGCAGGAGUGAGUCAGACUCAUUCGAAUCGUUCUAUCCGAAUAACCCGAUCACCCCCAGAAUAUUCCCACCAGCACCAGCACCAGCACCAGCACCAGCACCAGCACCAGCACCAGCACCAGCACCAGCAACAGCAUCAACGAAGCGAACAGCAGCAGCCAUUGGAAGAGGAAGUAAUUUUUUCUGACGACUCUUUCGUUUCGGCCGGAGCAUUCUCGGUCUUCUCGCCCUGCAGCCGGUGAGGCGACUCCGAGUACUACUUUAACUCCCUCCCCGAAAUCAAUCAAAAGAUGCUCAACCCAGAAGUCGUGUAAAGUCAUUUUGACUUUCAACAUUUUCUCGGUAAGAAUCCUUUGUUUCUCACCCCCCUUUAUUUCAUUGUACAUUGAAACUAGUACAUAAGCGAUGCAUUUAUCGUGUCCAUGAUAAUGGCGUGACUGUCAAUAAGAAAACAUACAUAUUAUUCUUUUUCAACUGCUACCGAGGGCAAUAAUAUCAUUUUUAUGCAAAGUCUCACAGAAAUGCUCAGAAAGAAAAGGAAGUAUUAAAAGGUUGAUCUUGUUGAAUCCUUACGUUAUUAACCUGUUAACCGGGAAUGACGAAUUAACUCGUCUGAAAGAUUUUUGCCUUUAAUAAUAAUAAUAAUAAUAAUAAUAAUAAUAAUAAUAAUAAUAAUAAUAAUAAUAAUAAUAAUAAUAAUAAUAAUAAUAUAUUGUUAUACUCGUGCAUUCAAGGUAUGCAGUAGUAUAUAGAUUACUACUGUUGCAUGAGAGAAAUGAACUCUUCUUCGCUCACUUUUUAUCACAUCCGCUGGAAGGAAGUAACUCUUUUUCUGCUUGAAUAAUCCAGUUAACAGGUUUAAGCUGACUGACAUGAUUUUAGACAAAUCUUUUAAGCAAAUCUGUUACUGCUUGCUGAAGAAAAAAAAGCAAGGUAGAGAAUUAUAAUAGGUUGUUUCAACUAGGUGGUCCGAAAAGAUGAAUCUAAUUGAAAAAAUAAGUAAAAAAUGUGAGCUCUCUAUAAAAAAAUGUCGCUGUACAUUUUUAUUUAUUUAUUUAUUUAUAUAUAUUUUUUUUUAGAUAGAUUUACCUUUUUAAACCACCAAACCGAAAAUGCCCUGUAUUAGCAUUUGCAUAUACAUGGAUGUGUAUAUAUACUUUUUUCAUGACAUAUGUAUUACACUAUGUGUACGUAUGUUGAAGAAAAAAAGGCGCGUGCGUGCGAAAAUGCAAUUAAUGAAUGUAGGUUGUACGUGUAACAAUUAAUUAAAAAAAAAAAAAAAAUGUAUACGUACACUAUUGUAGAUGUCUAUGAAUGAACAAAGGCGUUAUUCUUAUACCAUUUACUCUAAAAGUAUUUUAAUACGUGCUAAAACGACGGAUACAGAUUUAUUAUAAACAAUAAUGUUAUCGUAACGUGCCAAGUCACAGAAAUCAUUGAUUUUACACUAUCAUUCUAUCAUUCCUUUGAUCGUUUUAAUUUGAGAUUAUUCACUGCCAUUAUCGUUGUGUAACCAUAUUUUUUUUUUUCGAUUUUUUUUAUUUAUUGCAUUGUGCGAGGUCAAAAAUAUUUUAUUUAUACGAGACUUUUUUCAGUGUAAGAAUGAUCAUACUGCACGUUUGAAAUUAAUUUUAAUUAAGGUAAUCCUAGAAUGUAGAUCGUUAUUUUUAUAAAAUCAGAAUUUCCGUUUCGCCUCACAAGAUGCUGUAGCGUGCAAUAUGAUCCAGUAAAAGGGCCAGCGUCGUCGAGGCACGUGGCUAAUUAAUUAAUCAGGUGUACAAAUGAAUUUGGUUGCCAUUGUGAUUCAAAUUCUCGCGCCACUUUUCGAAUCCACCGAAACGGGAAAAUAUUCAAACUGCAAAGUCACCGAAUUCAUUUGCAUCCCCGAUAUCUUCGUAAGGAAACAUAAAUAAUGCUAUUAACUUGUCUCAAUCAAUCGUGGUGACAAUAGUUCUUAAAAAGAGUAUUUCCAAUAAGAAGUAAAGCGCGAGAGCAGAGAUAAAAAAAAAAAACAUAAUUAACAAAAUGCCGAGCAUAAAUUUAUUAAAGAUCCUUUAUUGGACGAGUUUCGACUUCAUUUCAAGAAAUACAUACAGUCGGUCCCCAGUAUCCACAGCAUUACUUUUCAAAACCUACCGCGGAUACGGAGGUUGACUGUAUCAUUCUAAUUGCACUACUGUUGUUACCCUCCUUGUGGCAAUGAAGUCGCAUACCAUCUUCAGGGUAACGAAUCAAAUUGGAAUAACAACCAAGGAGUAGUGCGUCGGCCUACAAUGCGUCCGAUGACAUCCAUCAUGUGCGAUGUCUCGUGACAGCAUAAGUUUUAAGAAGAGAAACAAAAAACAAAACGGAUUAGCAACGCGGUUUUCCACGUUUUAGUGAAUCUUACGUCCCCUGAUGCUCAUGGGAAGUAUUUUUGUACGUUUACUCUGUACCUACUAUUUUACUCUAAAAAUUAUAUAUAUCUACUGUUAUCAUUGUGAUAACUCGCUACUGCGAUCGUCUUUGGAAAAAUGUUAAUGUAAAAUUAUAUAUAUAUAUUAUAUAUAUAUAUAUAUAUAUAUAUUAUAUAUAUCUAUAUAAGUGGACGUGUAUUUUUUAAGACGCGGUUCACAUUAAUUCUCUUCAAGUUUAAGGCCCGUUAUAUAUAAUAUGUAAUAUUAACUGUUAUUAUUGUAGGAAACAAGUUUAUGAAAUCAUUUCGGGAAUUUAACGCUAAAUAUAUUUAAGAAAUACCUACACACGUAUAUACAUACAUCACUUUCCAUUGAUUUUUUGGUUAUUAAAACAUUAUUAAAAUGGUUUUUAAUAAAUUGCCCCCGGGGCACACCAGGGCACACUCGAGUGCCUGUGAGCUUUUUAUGGGCUUGCGAUUAAUUCUAGUGUGGUUUUGUCACUAUUAAACUACUAGUUCGAGUCUGUGCCCGCGAGCAAUCGUCAAAUUCUGCAUUUAAUUUACCCGAAAUUUAUGAUGAGAUUCAUGCAAAGUGAAUUAAUUACUCUCCUUCCGUCGCUGCGUCCAUUCCUUUCCGACUUUAUUCCUGAAAAUGCAAAUCCCAAGUACACUAUAGCACUCUUUUUAAAAUUAAAAAUUAAAUUUCUAAACGUUCUUCCGUGGAUUUUGCUUUCAAAAAUAUUACUGCCGUUUAUUUCACAUUUUCACACAGUGUCCUUGCUUUAUAAUUGAAGGGUCUUUCGAAAUCCUAAUUAGAAGCGUAUAACUAGGAUUGGGGGAAGGGAACAGUCCCUUAGAAUUUUUGAAACUUAUUGAAACUCUGAAAUUUCUUUUACUUACUUGAAUAUAUCAUGCGUCUAUUUUGCAACAAAUGCACGUCAUAAUGCUCCUAAUUUUUCCUCAAGACGAUCCGUUAUUACUUGACAGAACUAAACAAGUAUUUACAAGUAUUUUUCUUCCUGUUUCAAUUCUAUAUAUACUGGUAUGUGAUUUACAUUCCUUAACGUUUAUAUACACACACAUAUG